UUCUUCAAUGUUUACAAUAUUUCAACGCGUCUAGUUUUAAGUGUGAAAAUAUCUAAUUAAUUUUAAGAACUAAUGAGAAAAUAAAAAAAUGAAAGAAGAAGAUCAGGAACUUGAACAACAGUGUGAAGAUGCUGUGUACCAAAUUGCUUGCACUCGAACAAGCUACUCAAUUGGAUGUGCAAAUCAAUAUGGAAAAUACUUGACCUUAACAACAAAAAGACAGACCACCAAAGUUCAAAAUUCCAUGGCACCCAAGUACACCGUACCAGUCAUCACGAAUGAACAACGAGAACUUUUUAAUCAAUUUGAACAAAGUGUAGAUAAUAAAAAUUCUCAAUCCAAUAUAAAAAAUGAGGUCAAGGAUACAUCAAACCAAGUAAAGGAGUUGAAGAGCAUAUUCAAUCAAAUCAAGGUACAAAGUCAAAGCGAUAUGGUAAGGUGUAUUCGAGGGGAUAUUGAAAGUGAUUGAGUACAGUAAGGAUUUUGUACAGUUUUUUAGCUUAUUUAUACAUUUUAGUAUCAACGAAAUUUUUUAUAACUACUUCUAUAUUUAUGAAACAAAAUAAAGUAUUUUUUUGUCAUAAACUUGUCAAUCUAUAAUCAUAUUUUUUUCCAUUCAUAAGAAUUUUAACAGUUUGCAAGUUGAUGUCAUUCUGCGCAUUGCCUCCAAAUUGAUCGCGCCAUUUAACGAUUCGUAAGCAACCUUGUGCUUCCAAUUAACAAAUUGUCCACGAUAUUCAACGAUUACAUAUAGAUUUUGCGGCAAUAGCAUUUGAGUAUCAUUGCCUUCAAUCAUGCACGCUGGAGCACAGAUUGAUAAUAAUAUUAUCUUGAGAAUAAGUCAAGCGAAGGAAAAAAAAUUAAACGAAAAAUUCGUAUCGCUGAUCGCCUAUGCACUUUCUACAAUCUAUAAUCGACCAAAUAAUGACGAGCAUUCACAUUGAAAAAAGAUUUCCACACGUAUCAUUCGCGCGCAAUUAUUUUCCAUCUGAAAACUCGACGCGUUUCAUCAUAAUUUACGUACGACGCGCGUCAAG